GACCAAAGGUAAGAGAGAGCCUCAAUGCAGCAGCCACCUUCAGACUGUUGGUGCAUAUUUAUAAACUAAUUUGCAGUUAAUGAAAUUACAGAUGAGUUGCCAUCCAGUGAAACGGGAGCUUCUGGGCCUUUGGGGCCUGGUUGGUAAUGUUCCCCUGUGAACAGAAAGUGAUGACCGGAUGUAAGGUGACUAUCCAGAGCAGCUGAUGAAGCAACAUUUUCAUUUGAACGUGACGACCGGAAGUGUGGGUAUUGAUUGCGGCGCGCUUGACGCUGGCUGAAUUAACGCUACUGGCUGCAUGGAAGAAAGCCGUCCAUUGAAGGAACGUGGUGGAUCUUUGUGACUUGACAGGACACUUUUCACCGCCACACUGAUGGACUGAGAGACCAACUGUGCUCGGAACCGUAUUUACGAGUGUGUCCCGCUCCGGAGCCUGUGAUUCUUUAUUUGGAUCAAGAACAGACUGGUGUCAGCUGGAGAGGAGAGGAGCCACAACACCGCAGCAAACAUGGAGUCCAUCCCGAACUCUCUCCACCAUGUCGCUGUCUGUUCGCCCUGCCAGACGCCUCACCUCCAGAUCCAUCACUAGAAGCCAGAGCUUCACUGGAGUCAACACUUACGACAAGUCCUACAGGAACCUCUCAGUGUUCAGCACUCCAGGUCUCAGCAGGAAGCCCAGCAGAGCCAGCAGGAUGUUUACUAUGUCCAAUAAAUCCAACCCACCACCUAAAGUCCCUCAACCAGAGCGGCUGGACGAAGUCUACGAGGCUCUGAAGAGAGGCCUCCAGUCUUAUCUGCAGGUUCAUCAGAUGGACUUGGACAACCUCAGCAGACAGAUGAAAGAAUCAAAGAGGAACUCUAGAUUGGGUUUCCUGUAUGAACUGGAUAAGCAAGUGAAGAUGACUGAGAGGUACAUCAGACGACUGGAGUUCCACCUCAGCAAGAUUGAGGAGCUGUAUGAAGCCUACUGCCUGCAGAGGAGACUCAGGGACGGAGCCAACAAGAUGGUGAAGGCGUACACUGCCUCUCCAGGCAGUAAGGAGGCCAGGGAGAGUCUAGCAGAGGCCAACAAAGGAUACAAAGAGUACACAGAGAACAUGUGUGUGUUGGAGAGUGAGUUGGAGAACCAGCUGGGAGAGUUCCACAUUAAGAUGAAAGGUCUAGCUGGAUUUGCUAGAUUGUGUGCUGGUGACCAGUAUGAGAUUUUUAUGAGGUAUGGUCGGCAGCGUUGGAAGCUCCGAGGCAGAAUAGAGAUCAAUGCCAAGCAGGUGUGGGACAGUGAAGAGAUGGUGUUUCUGCCUCUUAUCAACGAGUUCCUCUCUGUGAAGGUGACAGAGCUGAAGAGCCUGGCCAAUCACGUGGUUGUGGGAAGUGUUUCCUGUGAGACCAAGGACCUAUUUGCUGCUCUACCCCAGACAGUUGCUGUGGAUAUUAAUGACCUGGGGACCAUUAAGCUAAGCCUUGAGGUCACCUGGAAUCCAUUUGAUAAAGAUGAUCAAGGGUCAGUGGCAAGCACUGUCAACAAAGCUCCAACUGUCAGUAAGAGAUUCUCAACAAUCUUCAACCAGAGUCCACCUGACACGCCAUCAUUACGUGAACAAGCCUUCUAUAACAUGCUCCGCCGUCAUGAAGAGUUAGAGAAUGGAACAGCAUGGUCCAAUUCAUCUGAAUCUUCAGAUGAUUCCUCCAGUCCUCAGCUGUCUGCAGGAGGGCUACGCAGCUCCACACAUCCCAAGGCGGUGGUGGUGACACCAGAGGUCCAGCCAGCUGUCACAGGAAGUUCCUUCCCGCAGCCUGACAUCUCAUUUUGCCCCAGAGACUCUGCUUCCUCAACUCCAAAUUCCACCCACAAAGUCAGCGAGACUCCCAACACGUCCAAAUACCAAGCAGACAGCAGCAGGGAAGAGGAGAAGGGAGCAGUCACUGUGAUGACAAAACCUGAAAGUGAGGAGGAGGAUGUAGGAAAACAGUCUCCCAUAGCAACAGUGGAUGUAGCGGUGACCAACAGCCAUGCCUCGCGCAGCUACUUGCGUUCUCUGAGCCACAUCAGUGAAAACAGCGCUGACGGCAUCAUGUUGACGGACAGGUCAGCCGGCGAAUCAGGAGAGGUGAUGUCUCUGGCGUCAGGGAUCUCCAUCAAUGACAUUGAAAUGGAGAUGCCCAACAGAACUCCUGAACCACCCAGCUCUGUUGCCACGGACGCCGACAUGUCACCAAGGAGGCUGGGUGUUGCUGAGGAAAACACAACAGCUGUUGAUGUAGCAGAUAGUGAUAGACAACACCUAAUCAGGGAGCAACAGGAUACACCCAUCACUGUCCUCGACUCCCCCAUUGCCAGGACUGAAAGAGUGGACUCUAGCACUCCGUCACAAAUAAACACACAGUCACAGCUGGAGUGCAGCGUGGUGGCAGAGAGCGGAGAUGUGACGUAUAUGGCCCACCGGGUGUCGGUGGAGGAGGAGGGUGCAGGAGCAGACUGUCUGUCCAGAGAGGGUGGUAGGCUGGUGGACAGCGGGCUGGAGGACGCCCUGGGAGCUGUAGUCUCCUCUCUGGAUGAUUACAGAGGACAGUUCCCUGAGCUACAACUACUGGAGCAAGAGCUGAAGCUGCUGCAGGUUACACUGAAGGGUGGUAGGCAUAGCCGUUCUCCCAGCGUGGUCAGCCUCACAGUGGAAACGGCUCUGGGCAGCUUUGACUUCCUUAACACAUCCGACUGGGAGGAGGAAGAAGAGGAGAGGGGCGAGAAGAGGAACAGAAAUGGAAGGUCUCUGCAGGACAGAGGCUGGGACAGCCCCUCCUCCCCCGCCUGCCCCCUCACCUCAGGCUGCACCACUUUAGACUGCUCUCUGGUGGUCCAUCUGAGGAACUGCAGUGCACAGCUGCUGCGCCUGGGUAUGUUUGGUCCUCUGCGGUGUGGAGAGAUGUAUGCCUUGGACAGACUGCUGAGAGAGGCUCGCAUCCUAGAAAUCAUCCGACGCGUCACCAAGGAUAACCCACGACGUGUCAGACAGCCUGCUGAAGUGAUACCACAGCUGGGCCUGUGCAUGGGUGCUGUGUCACUAUGGCAACAGUGUGUGGGGCAGGGCAGUGUGUACAGCGUAUCUGCUGAGAGUUUCCUGGUCACCCUGUCCACAGUUUACUCCAGCAUACUGCCUGACAGGGCCAGCAACAUGGCCGACACAGUGUUCUUGUGUCUGGCAGAGCGAGUGCUGGAUCAGCGGUUACCACGGCGAGGCGGCAACAGAGAUAAAGUGAUGGUGACGCUGUUCCAGCUGUGGAGUUACCUGGAGGCUAACGGCAUCACUAACAUGGAAACACAUAUCACCGAGCUGGCAGAAGAGGUGUGGCUGGUGCAGAGCCUGGCGUCAUGUGACCAGGAUGUGAUUGUCCACGCCCUGAGGCGGCCUCCAGAGUGCAGCCUGAGGAGAGAAGGACUUCAUGCUGUGGCCAAAUUACUCAAAGACCCACGAGGCAAAGUGUCAGCCUCGGCCAGCUCUGUACUGAGAAGCCUGGCUGCCCAGCCCAGACAGAGAGAGCAGGCCUUGGUGAGCUGUCUGGAACUGCUGGAAGACGAAAACGUGGACACCAGAGUCUGUGGAUGCAAGGCUUUAGCUUGUCUCAAGGCCAAAGAAAGCAUCGACCAAUUAGUGUAUCUUUGUCGGACAGACAAGGAGGAAGUUCGAGAUGCUGCCAAACAAGCUCUGCUAGUGCUCGGUGAGGAGGGGAAGAUGGCCCACAGACACGUUGAGAUGUCUCAGGAUGGCAUACCGAGACUCUUCGCUCCUGGAAGCAUGGCCAGCACAGCAUUCUAACACUACACUAUACACACAAACACACACAUAUACACACACACACACACACACACACAUAGGGGUGGCAACAACACCAGAAAGUCAGCUAUACAAUAUGAAUGUUGUGUUUUGGCAGAGCUUUGAUACAACAUCAUUAGAAUACACAGUAUGCUGUUCUUCCACCCUGUUCCCACCACUAAAACAUACAGAGACAAUAUAUAAUACAUGAUAUACAGUAUACACUGUCAAAAAGGUUGCAAUAAUUAAUACUCACAUCAAGAACUACAACUUUACUCAUCACUGGGCAAACAUUUAGUCAGUAAGCUACACAAACCAAUUUAAUAUAUCAACGUGUGCUAACUACUCAGAGAAAAUCAGUUGGACUGUAAAGAUGCCGGGAAGAAUGUACAAUGUGAGCAGGCAUGAAUGGAAGGAUGGCUAAAGGAAGAGAUGGAAGGCUCGAAUGGAUACUGAGGGAAGUGGAUGUGGGGGAGUUAGGAGAACAGGGAGGAACAUGUCUGUGAGUCAUAUUCAGGUAAUAGAGUUCCUACUUAUUCCUUGCCAUCACGGACAUGUCCCUCCACAGCCCAGACACAAAUACAUGAUUUUGAAGUAAGCUAGCAAAGUCUACAAAGCUAUCUAAAGUCACCUUGUCAGCUAAUUCCUGUAUUCAUAGUCUACAAAGUGCCAAAAAAUUUUUAGUUUCUUGUAUUUUUAAUAUCAAAGUUCUAUUACUUUGACUUAAACUGUGGGUUUGACUGGUUACAUGGUGAACCAAUGGGCAUACAUGCAGUAGACUGACUAUGGCGUUCUACUGUAUAAUACUACCACUAACCCUGCCAUCACAUAAAACUACAUGUCCUACUGAAUACUGCUGUCUCUAGUUUAGACUCAAGGAUGUUUUUGAACAACCCAGCUUGUUCUAUGAAGUGACAACUGAACAUUAACAACUGGCUUUUCUCAUACAGCAGUGCCUAUACUGUGGCCAUUGGUUUAACAUAUCUGAAUUUUUGCCAGAUCACUGUCUGCAGUACUUGCACCAGGGCUGUAGUCAAGACUGCCUAAGUCCAGUCCAAAUCAAGUCAAGUCCAAGUCUGAGCAGUUUUGAGAUUCUAAAUUGAAAUCAAGAACAAAGAAACAAAACGGUGCCCAUUCAUGUUGUCCUUUUUUUGUUCGUUAAUCUGCCUAAAUGUUUCAUUAUUUAUUUACUAAACAUGUUUUGUUAUUAGUUACAUUUAUUCAUUUGUAAAAUGUUUUUGUCCAAUUCGAUGGACAAAUGAGAUUCAAUCCAGGGCUAAUUACCACACGAUAUAUCUAAUUAUACUGGAAAGGUAAUAUUCUUGCACAAUGUGAAAGUUAACUAUCAAAGUCCAACGUCUUAACACACAUUUGUGCAUAAAAUUACAUGUCUAAAGUGA